AUGACUGAAGCUACGCCACGCUCCAGUACAAUUCAUGCAAAUACUGAUGAGGAAGAUAGAAGGUUCGAAGAAUUUGAAAACCUAUCAGUUGAUGAAUUGAAGACAGUUGCGAAACGUUUAGGAAUUAAUGUUGGAAACUCUAAACCAGCAAUAUUGAUUAGGAAAAUCGCAAAAAGGAACAAGAAGACGCCGAAGGGGCUGUCGGAGGAGAAAUUCCUCAAUCUGAUUCACAUGAACCAGAAGGGUCGCUUAGAGAAAGACGAACCCUCGAGGAACUCCUUAGACAAUUGGUCGUCACGCAGCAGUAUUUGGCAUAGAACCAAGGUCAUCGGAGGCCGAAAGAAAUUAAGGUACCAAGGCUCACAGAGGACGAGGAGCUUGAUGCCUGGCUUGCCAUUUUUGAGAAAACGGCAACGGUAA